GGGCUUAAUCCAUAGAUAUGGAAAAACAUUAUUAGGAGUUUCACUUUAAAAAGACUAUGUAGUGUGUGUGAUUCAAAAUUAAUCGACUCCAAAUGUGGGCUUCCAACAUCAGAUAGGAAAAUAAUAAAUAAAAAAACUAACCUUUUUCAGCUCUUCACGCGCCGCAAACCCUAUAUAUACACCUCAUUCCCAUUGCCUUAUGGUUACUUGAAGGUGCCCAAAAUCUCACAGCAUCUUCUCUUUUUCUAGAAGGAACUCUUUCUGCCCCUUUCUUCUCGCCUUUUCAACUGCAAAAUACCUUUUUAAUUUCUUACAUCGUACUACCCCAUUCAAAGCAUGUUGAACUCUAUCAACGGUACACAAGUGAUCAAAUUUCUGUAUAGUUACGGUGGGAGAAUCGUUCCCCGUCGUUCGGAUGGAAAGCUUCGGUAUAUCGGUGGUUUUACCAGAGUUCUCUCCGUUGAAAAGCCUAUCUCGUUUUCAGAGUUGAUGGUGAAGUUUGGAGAAUCGUGUGGAUCGUCUAUGAGUUUGAAGUGUAAGUUGCCGACUGAGGAUUUGGAUGUUUUAGUUUCAAUUACUUGUGAUGAGGAUCUGAUGAAUGUGAUUCAAGAGUACGAUCGAGUUUCUGCGUUGACGAAUCAGGAGAUGAAGAUUAGAGCUGUUUUAUUUCCUCUCAAUUCGGUGAAAAAAGUUUCUCCUCCGUCAUCUCCGAUGUCGUGUUUUGACUUUCCGGCAUCGAGAAUGAAGCCGGAAAAGCUCAGAUGUUUCUAUUCACCUCCGUCGUAUGCUGCAGCGGCUGCUGCUAGGUGUUGUUCUCCGGCUUUGGGAUAUCCAGUCGGCGGAAGGAAAGACGGUGGGAAGUUUUAUUACCCUUGCUGUGACCAUGGAAGCCCUAGGCACCUUUACUAUGUUGCUCAACGAAACCAUGGCCAAUAGAAAUUAAAUUGAAGAUAAUAAGAACAAUUAAGUUAUUUCAAAACGUAUAUGAGUAAUUGAGCACAUAGACAAUCUGAAGCUCCUCCUCUCAAAAAAUGAUGAUGAAAUUAUAAACAUUAGCCUAAAGCGAUAAAGAGUUACGUAUGUUCUAUGCUUCAACAAAUGCCUCUGGUUCAUUGAAUUGGAUUGUACAUUAUUUGAGACUGCAGUUCAAUUCAAUUGUGAGGUGAAUUUGACGUAUGUUUGCCCAUUUUUGGACUUAUUAGUAUACACAGGCGUGUUAUAGUU